AUGGAUUUUCAAAAAUCACAACAGUCGAACACUGCUGCCGAUUCUAUUGGCGAAAUCCUUUAUCCUUUGGCACUUUUGAUGGAUGAAUUAAAACAUGAUGAUGUUUCUAACCGUGUCCAAGCCAUGCAGCGUUUAGACACCAUCGCCAUUGCUUUGGGUCCGGAAAGAGCAAGAAAUGAAUUGUUGCCAUUCUUGUUUGAAGUUGCCCAUGACGAUGAAGAUGAGGUAUUUGCCGUCUUGGCCCAACAAUUAAAUGGUAGCUUCAUUCCAUUCAUUGGAGGUGAAGAGUACGCCACUUUCUUGUUGCCAACUUUAGAAUUUUUAUCUGCUAUUGAAGAGCCAGUGGUUAGAGAUAAGGCCAUCGCCUCAUUAAAUGAUAUUGCCGACCAUUUGAGCUUGACCCAAUUGAACAACGAAUUCUUGAUUGUUAUUAAUAACUUGGCAACUGCCGACUGGUUCUCUUCUAGAGUUUCUUCUUGUGGUUUGUUCAAGAGCGUUAUCAGCAGGGUGGAUAUCAACACCAGAAAAGAAUUAUUAUAUCUCUAUUUGAAAUUAAUCAAAGACGAUACACCAAUGGUUAGAAGAGCUGCCGCUACUCAAUUACCAAGCAUAAUCACCUCUUUGGAAGAAUUGGAACUAAACUCUGAAAAGCACUUAGAUAGCGAUAAAUAUGCCAGUACUGAACCUUCAAAUAAUAACGAUUGGAGUUUACUCUUCCAAACAUUCAAGAGUUUGGUAAACGAUGAUCAGGAUUCUGUCAAGUUCUUGUCAGUCGAUGUCAUGAUUGCUAUCAUUAAACUAUUCAAUGCUGUCAGAAAUGAUAAAAGUCACAAUGAUCAAUUACUUGAAGAUUUUCUCAAGUUGGCCAACGAUCAAAGUUGGAGAGUCAGAUACAUGAUUUCUGAGAAAUUUUCUAGUAUUGUCGAAUACUUCAAUAAGAGUGAUUUGAAUGACAAAAUUCUAAACAAAUUUAUUGCAUUAUUGAAAGAUCAUGAAGCGGAAGUCAGAAAGUCUAUUUCCAAACAAAUUCCAGAUUUCUCAAAAUUAAUUGAACAAAAAAAUGUGAUUGAUAAGAUUAUACCUCAAGCUGAAGAAUUGAUAACUGAUCAAAAUGAGUUGGUUAGAUCUGCUUUGGCUUCCAAGAUUGCUGGGUUGGCCCCAAUUUUGGGUGAAAAACCAACCAGUGAGUAUCUAUUGAACAUCUUCCUUGAAAUGCUCAAUGAUGAAUUCCCAGAAGUAAGAUUGAACAUCAUCAGUAACUUGACUACGGUCAACAAUGUUAUUGGCAUAAACUUACUCUCCAAGGCUUUGUUGCCGGCUAUCACGGAACUAGCUAAGGAUAAACAAUGGAGAGUGAGAUUGGCAAUCAUUGAAUAUAUUCCUUUGCUUUCAAAGCAACUAGGUAUCGAGUUUUUUAACAAGGUAUUAAGUGGAUUGUGUAUGUCAUGGUUAUGGGACUCAGUUUACACUAUUAGAGAGGCCGCUGUCUUGAAUCUUAAAAGAUUAGCCGAAGUUUUUGGUGAUAAGUGGGCGAAAGAAGAAAUCAUUGAUAAAAUUCUUAAUAAUGAAAUUUUGAAUGAUUACAAAAAAGAGAAUCCAGAUUUAUUCCCAGAUCUUGCUGGUAAUGGAGAUUUGACCAAUAAUGAAGAUAGCGAAAUAAUAGAUGGCUCAAAUAUUGAAAAUGUCAACAAUUCCAUAAUGAAUAACUUUAUUUAUCGUAUCACAUGUUUGUUUUCCUUGAUUUCCCUUGUGGAUGUUGUUGAAGAUGAUAGCAUCAUUACUAAUGAAAUUUUAUCCUAUUUGAAUAGGUUAUCAAAUGAUAGUGUUCCAAACAUCAAAUUUAAUGUUGCCAAGGGUUAUAAGAAGGUGGCAUUUAGAUUGUUGAAGUUAGAAAAAGAAGAAAGUGACACUCCUGAAGAAAACGUUUCCAACGAAGAAGAAGAUGAGUUACUUGAAGUUAAGGCAUUGAAGGAUGAUAAGUAUAUCACUAAGCUCACAUCGGAGGAAGAGAAAGCUAAAGUGUAUUCAGUAAUUAAUGAAAAGAUUCUACCAUUUUUGGCCAACUUAUCCGAAGAUAAAGAUAUUGAUGUCCAAUUUUUUGCCAAAAAAUCGACAAAUGAAAUUCAAGUUGGUUUGGACAAAGUUGGUAUUAGUUCUUAA